AUGAAGAAAGGUCGGAGCGCACUGCUGAGCGAGCGAGGAAGGGGGAGUGAAAGAUUGCUGGGCAUCUCAUUACUGGGCUAUGCGAGAGUGCUGCUGGCAAGCAAGGAAAGGGAGUAUGGAGGAGAGAGGGAAGAAGGUCUUAGUGUACUGCUGUGCAAGGAGAGGGGAGUGGAGAUAGCUUAUGAUAGCAUUGCACUCGAGAAGUUCACGUCCCAUGCCUCCCUCACGCCAGCCUCCACCCCUUUUCCUGCUGACCCACUUCACCGCCACCACUGCAGCUCCGCCAUGGUGGGAUGCUGCUUCACCGCCAUUGGUGCCCAGCAGUGUGCUGCCAUGAAGGGGGGGGCAUCUGCAGCCAUGCUCACCAGUGGUGGGGAUAAUCUGGGCCCCUCCCAGUUAGUACAGGACAGGUGCUGGUGGUUGGGGAAGUGGAAGGGAGUGGGUGAGAGUCAGGGAGAGGGCGAAGAGGGCUAA